AUGGCACCAUUCCUACCCCCAAAGAUCGUCCUGUCCGGGUUUAAAGAGAAGAUUGAUUCUCUGUUAGUCCAAGGCGACAGAACCUAUCUGGGUACUGCGACUGGUAACCUACAUGUGUAUAGUCACGAUCCCUCUGGCGACCUGACUCUAGUUGAAGUGAAGAAGAGUUUGACCAAAAGGUCAAUAGAGCAGCUGGGAUUCAUCAAGGAUGUUAACUCCGUAGUGACGCUGUCAGAGACAACCGUGACGCUAUUUCCGCUUCCUUCAUUCUCGCCUCCAACCAUCCUUUCUGCUGCAAAGGCUGCUUUUUCAUUCACAAUCCAUUCCUACACCUACCGCGGGGAGUCCGAACUUCAAGGCCAAGAUGAAUUCACGAAGCCAGCUCCCAUACCCGUACUAAUGACCUACUUGCUCGUCGGAUGUCGCCGAAAAGUUGUAAUCUAUUCUUGGAAAGACGGAGAAGCACAGGCGCUCAAAGAACACCCGCUACCGCAUUCACCUCGGAUAAUCAGUUUCAUGAACGAUGACCUUGCGUGCUUUGCAUAUUCUGCGACCGAAUAUGCUGUAUUCUCAUUAUCAAAGAAGACAGUCAUCGAAGUAACGAUGCCAUUGCCACUUUCUGCUCCGUCCUCUACAAUGGGCGCCUUGACCGGCUUUUCGGGCUACAUGACUCUUGGUCUCGGUGCUAAAUCGAAGCCUGGAAUUGUGAAACUCAACGAAGCAGAAUCUCUCAUCAUCAAAGAUAAUGAGGGCAUAAUCAUCGGAAAAGAUGCAAAACCGUCAAGGUCUGAGACGAUCGGAUGGCAGGCACCUCCUGAGGAGAUAGCAUUCAUCAAGCCAUAUAUCUUCUCUGUUUUACCUCCUGGUUCGAUCCCUUCCACAAACACAGAUCCAGGCCAGAACUCAAUCCCUACAAGCGUGGUUCAGAUUCGUUCUUCUAUAUCAUUACUUCCAAUCCAAACAUACAUUUAUCCAUUCAGGGAACCGUCCAGACCAUCCUCUCCUGCGCCUGCUCCCCAGCCUUCUCUGCUCGCCAAUGCUACCAUUCGGCUAAUGUCACCUUCUUUGGCCACGAACCAUUCUAUCUUCCUAGUCACGACGCCAACUGAUAGGGCAACAGCUACUUCUGAAGGCAGUUCUAUCUGGCAGUUUGAGAUGAAGACGUGGUCUGAGCAGAUUGACGAACUGGUUCUGGCCGGUCAGUAUUCGGAUGCCCUGAAGUUCCUUGAAAGUAUUGAAUCUAAAGAUCUCUCGGACAAGGACGACCGCAGGGUUCGAAUUCGUGCUCUAAAUGCCGUUUCAGAAUUUGAAGCAGGUCAAUUCGACAAAGCUAUUGAUACCUUCACGGAAUUGAACAUUAACCCUGCCAAAGUCGUCGCACUCUACCCCGAGUCAAUAUCCGGUCGAUUGUCCGUUCCUCGAGAUAAAUGGAUUGAAUUAUACGGUGGCCCCCCUAAACAGAAAGACGUUGUCGAGAGUCCUACUGAAGGCAGUGAGGCGGAUUCCAAGGGAAGCGAAACACCCAAGAAAUCCGAGCAUGAACGCUCGAUGACUGCCACAGACGAAAUGUUGGAUAACCUGGGAUUAGCGGGUCCUGGAUCGAUCCGAGGCCGAUUGAAGGGACUAGGUGUUUUAAUGGGUGCUGCUGCUGCCGUUCCUACUACCCAAAAAGAUGACGACACAGCGUCUGUGAAGUCGCAGACAUCUAGACCUUCCAAAGUAAACUCUGACAGCGAUUAUCAUAAAUCCGUAGAGAGUCUGGUGAGGAGCUUCCUCCCAGAUCGCAGAGUAAAACUUGGAGCUGCGCUCAAUGCAGUGGGUAUGACGCCUGCAGACCAAGCACAUGAAAUCACAUCACUUUCAGCAAUGUCUGUUGAGGACCUGUAUGCACUACCUAAUGCACCUUUCACACAACUUACACCUGAGCAGCUACUGCGGUAUGCGCAGAUAGUCGAUACUGCGCUUUUCAAGUCGUACCUUGUCGUGAGGCCAAUUUUGGCUGGGUCAUUAUUCAGGGUGCCGAAUUGGUGCGAGGUGGAAGAGGUAGAAGGUGUUUUGAGAGCAAGAGGUAUGUUCAGGGAGUUGAAAGAUUUGUAUCACCAGAAGAAGAUGCACAGGAAGGCACUUGAGCUUUUACGACAACUCGGUGAAAAGGAGGAAGACUUGGACGAGAGAGUAUACGACUCAGUACAAUAUUUACGGAAAUUGGGCCCAGGAGAUUUAGGGCAAGUGUUUGAGUCGGCACGAUGGGUUAUCGAACAGAAUUCUGACCGGGGUUUAGAAAUAUUCAAGUCUGAAGAUGUCGACCUACCUCGCAAUCAUGUCGCUGACUAUCUGGAGAAAAUUAGUCCCUUGCUUUGUACAAAUUAUCUGGAAUACUUGAUUCAAGAGCGAGGAGAGGUGUCCGUCGAUUUUCACGACCGACUGGUGGAGCUGUAUGCCAAAAUAACUCUUGAAGCUAGAAGGAAAAAGGAAGAGAAUUUGCGCCAACAAACGUACGAUAAAUUGAUGACUUUCAUUUCAACGACCACUCAUUAUCGGGUGGAUCGUUUAUAUGGUCUGCUAUCCUCGGAAGAUUUGUUCGAGGCCCGCGCUAUACUCCUCGGUAAGCUGGGUCGUCACGAUCAGGCCCUCGAGCUGUAUGUCUACCGGCUACAGGACUAUCUCAAAGCUGAAGAGUAUUGCAAGCAAUACUAUCAAGCAGGGACCGCAACCAGCAAUGUCUUUCUCACCCUCCUACGGAUCUAUUUACGACCGACUGUUAAGACGAAUGUGGAUUUGCUGAAACCCGCGCUCGAGUUGAUUAGUCGGCACAGUCGCCGCCUGGACACCACAGAAGCUCUUCAACUUCUUCCGCCUCUAGUCACACUAAAUGAUGUCCAGACUUUCCUUAUCGAAGGUCUACGAAUACCGAUUUUUGAUACGGAUGUGAUACGCCAAAUCAGUAAGGCGAGAGACAAUCAAAUGGCACGCAAGUUAAUGUCCUUGCAAAUGAAGAGGGUCAAAGUGACGGAUAGUCGAAUAUGUCCACAAUGCCACAAGCGGAUUGGUUCUACAAUCAUUGCUGUCCACAGUCCAAGGGGUGAAGUGACUCAUUUUUCAUGUCGCGAAGCGUUUGCACGAAAACUGCACGAAUUCAGGCGAUAG